GGAGGGAAUAUUCGGGCGGGGAUGGAGAUCAUCCUUAAAUAAAUAGCCCAUCCAUCCAUGGCGCUAGAUCUGUCUAUGAUCCCUUCCCCAUCCCCACCCCCAAUCAACAAAUAAUUCCAACAAUUUGCCCUCCCUCAUCCUCCCUCCUUCUCCAAUCAUCACCCAUGGCUCUCAAAGCGGUUCACGUUUCCGACGUCCCUACUCUCGAUCACGUCCCCGACAAUAAUGCUCUUUACGCCUCCCGUUUCACCACGCCAGGUGUUGAGCUUGGCAGGGGGGCGUCCUUGAAGGAUCAUAAUAAUAAGAAGUUUCUGGUGAUCGGGCACAGAGGGAACGGGAUGAAUAUGUUGCAAUCAUCCGAUUUAAGAAUGAAGGCCGUUAAAGAAAACACUAUUCUCUCCUUUAAUACCGCCUCACAGUACCCCAUCGAUUUCAUUGAGUUUGACGUUCAGGUGACAAGCGAUGGGUGCCCCAUCAUUUUCCACGACAACUUCAUCUACACGGAAGAGAAAGUAGGGAGGACAAUAAUAUCCGGGAAGAGGGUUACGGAAUUAUCUUUAUCGGAGUUUCUUUGCUAUGGACCUCAGAGAGAAGAUGGAAGGGAGGGGAAAGCCCUGUGGAGGAAAAUGAAGGAUGGCAAAGUUGUGAAUUGGGCGGUUGAAAGAGAUGAUUGUGCGUGCACUCUGCAGGAGGCAUUUGAGAGGGUGAAUCCUGCUCUUGGGUUCAAUAUUGAACUGAAGUUUGAUGAUCACCUGGUUUACACACAAGACUAUUUGACGCAUGUCUUGGAAGCUGUACUGGAGAUUGUCUUGAAGCAUGCCAAGGAGAGGCCUGUUAUAUUUUCCAGUUUCCAACCAGAUGCUGCUCUGCUUGUGAGAAAACUUCAGAGCACGUACCCAGUGUAUUUCCUGACAAAUGGAGGAAACGAGGUAUACGAGGAUGGUAGGAGGAAUUCGUUGGAUGAAGCUAUCAAAGUGUGUUUGGAGGGUGGGUUGCAAGGGAUUGUUUCAGAAGUGCGUGGGAUCUUCAGAAGCCCAGGCAUGGUCAACAAAAUAAAAGAGGCCGGCAUCUCUCUGCUCACAUACGGCAAAUUGAAUAAUGUGGCGGAGGCUGUGUACAUACAACAUUUAAUGGGCAUCAAUGGGGUGAUUGUGGAUUUGGUGAAAGAAAUAAGUGACGCUGUAAGGAAGAUGGUGACUGAUGAAGAAGAAGAAGAAGAAGAAGAAGAACAAGUGAUAGAGAUAUUAUCGUCGUCAUCAUCAUCAUUGGAAGGGGAAGGAGAAGGAGAAGGAGAUGAUGAUGAUGAUGGACAGCCGAAGAAGAAGCAGCAGCAGCUGCAGCGGCCCCAAUUCUCACAGAGGGAGCUGUCAUUCUUGUUGAAGCUCAUACCUGAAUUACUGCAAUAGUUUAGUUUAGUUGAGAGUUGAGCUUAGCUGAGCUGAGCUGCUAAUGUAAUACCUACUACUCACUCAUACUACUAGAGACUAUAAUAUCUAAUCUCCAAUUCCUCAUUCUCUAUUAUUAAUUAAUUUAUUAAUUAA